AUGAGUACUACAUCAAACUCAGUCCCUAUAAAUAAUACAACACAAAUACCAACUCGUGGAAUUAGAGUAAAUAGUGAAUCAGAUGAAAAAAAUGUUGUAAGUAUAUCAUCGUCAUCAGAACAAAUGAUAGCUCAAACAGCUGAUCAUUCAGAUGAACAACAAACACCAAAUGAUAAGACAACUACAUCUGCUGACAUAUCAAGGGAAAAUAAUACAAAUUCGCAACAAUCAGAUGAUAAAUCUAAACCUAAUUUAUCAAUAUUACCAACAUGGGCUUAG